UUGACGCCAUCUAAACUGAGAGAGAGGUCUGCUGAGAGGUGGGCAAUGGCUUUGACCUUCGCCUGCGUUCCUUCCUCUCCUUCUCUGCGCUCAAACCAAACCCUAACACCAAAUCGUGAUAAAACCCUAACCAUAACCUCAACGUCAUCCAAAGACUCUCUCAGUCUCACCAAGCAAGACCCAGGCCUUUCUCUAUCCACCGCUCUACAGUGCCAGCACUUUGAAAUGUGUUCAGGGUGCGCUCAUGAGUGGAGAUUGGACCAGCCCCACAUUAUCAAAGAGGCGAAUAAUUUCUUCAGUGGAAUUGGUGUUCCUGAUUUCAGCUUUGACAGUGGACUAUUGUGGGAAUGGAGAUGUCGAGCAAAACUUGCUGUUCGGGGAUCAUCAAACAAUCCUCUUAUUGGACUUUAUCAAGAGGGUACUCACUCUGUUGCGGAUAUUCCUUUUUGCCAAGCUCAUCAUCCCAGCAUCAAUGCUGCUGUCAACUUACUGAAACAAGGUAUUGCUGCAUUGAGUAUCCAGCCAUAUGAUGAAGAUAUGGGAACUGGUGAACUGAGAUAUGUGCAGAUGGCCGUGACUACAUAUAAUACAUCACUGCCAGUUGGAGAACGUUAUAGAAAUGGCAGAGUUCAGGUGGCUCUAGUUUGGAAUUCAAGAAGCGAGCAGUCUCCCGGUGUUGAGAAGUUGAAUGCUCUCUCAGAUUUUCUGUGGAGCAAUGGCGGAUGUAGUGCUGACUUUCAUCUUAUUCACUCUGUGUGGGCUAACUUUCAAACUUCUUCUAAUAAUAUAAUCUUUGGAAAUAGGUGGAGACAUUUGAUAGGAGAACGAGAUUUUUGGGAGCAUAUUGGAGGAAUUGAUAUCUCUUUGAUUCCAUCAAGCUUUGGUCAAGCAAAUACGAAGGCAUUUGAUUCUCUCCUCCAAAAGCUACAAAAAUAUAUUCCUUAUGGAGCUUCUGUUGUAGAUUUGUAUGCAGGCGCUGGCGUCAUUGGCCUAUCUUUAGCUGUCACUAGGAAAUGCAGGACUGUAAAGUGUGUAGAAGUUAACAAAGAGUCUAAAAUAUCUUUCGAGAAGUCCAUCGGGCGCUUACCCAAAUCUUUAGAUUGCAACAUCAGCUGGCACCACGCAGAUGUUUCAGUUGAGCCUCUCUACUGGCUUGAGAAUGCCGACGUUGUCGUGGUUGAUCCCCCACGGAAAGGGUUGCACCCAUCUCUUAUAGAAGCUCUUGGGAAACUGUCAAAAUUGGGAAAGAAAUCUGUUCGUAUGUCUGGAAGUUCUGAUUUAAAAGGAAAGGAAGAAAAAAGACCAUGGGUUCUGCGGGCAAGGGAAGCCUGUGUUGAAGUAGAAAGUGAGACAAAUUUGGACAAACAUCAAUCAUGGCCUCAAACACUCAUUUAUAUAAGCUGUGGUUGGGAAAACUUUAAGGAGGAUUGCCGGUCUUUGUUGUCCAACAAUACAUGGCGUUUGGAAAAAGCCCAUGCUUUCAACUUUUUCCCUGGCACCCAAAGUAUAGAAGUUCUAGCUGUUUUCAAGAGGGGAGGCCAAUUUAAGGGGCAGACAGGAACCAAGAAAAAGAAGAAAAGAAUGUCUAAGAUAACUCGAAAGGCAGUGGUAAACAUGCAUUGAGGUGGUUUCACCAAACAAUUGCAAGAGGAGAGAUGAUUUGAAGGAAACGUUCUCCUACUCUUUGCCCUAAGCAUAGCAUUGCUCCGUAGUUAUUUUAGGAGAGGCCACAAAAUUUUGCUCCGUAGUUUUUGGUCUGAAUCAUAUGUUUGAAACUUGGAUUGGUGGGGUGGAUUCGCUGCUUGAAAAAGUGGUCCAGAUGCGCGAAUCGGCUGUCUAGAUUGGUGUAUCUGGGGAUUCCGGCUGAUCCGGCCUUAAAAUUUAUUAACAAAUUGCUAAAAUUUCUUUAAAAUCUAGUUUUUUAGGUUAAAAAAAUAUGUAUUUUAUUAUGGGUUUUUUCAUAUUUUACUGGAAAUAUUGAAUCAGAUGAUGUUUAGCGCACUAAAAUAUUGGAAAGCAAUCCAAAAGGAUGGAGUAAAAAGACUAA